GAGCUCGGGCGGCGCCUGUGUGCGGCGGCGCGGCCCGGCUCCGGCCCCGCCGGGGCGAUGCUCCCCGGGGCGGCGGGGUGAGCCAGUGAGUCUUCACAGCGAUCCUGACCUAUGUCCCCACAGUGACUCCACCGGCCCUGGGCAUGGCGGACCCAGUGGCGGGCAUCGCAGGCUCAGCCGCCAAGAGUGUGCGACCCUUCAGAUCCAGUGAGGCCUACGUGGAAGCCAUGAAGGAAGACCUGGCCGAUUGGCUCAAUGCUUUGUACAGUCUAGGUCUACCCGGCAGUGGUGAUGGCUUCCUCACAGGGCUGGCCACAGGCACAACCCUGUGCCAACAUGCCAACGCUGUCACCGAGGCUGCCCGGGCUCUGGCUGCUGCCCGUCCAACCCGAGGUGUGGCCUUCCAGGCACACAGUGUGGCGCCUGGCUCCUUCAUGGCCCGAGACAACGUGGCCUCUUUCAUCGGCUGGUGCAGGGCUGAGCUGGGCGUACCUGAAGUGCUCAUGUUUGAGACAGAGGACCUGGUGCUGCGCAAGAACGAGAAGAGCGUGGUCCUGUGCCUGCUGGAGGUCGCCCGACGCGGGGCUCGCCUCGGCCUGCUUGCCCCGAGGCUGGUACAGUUUGAGCAGGAGAUCGAGCGGGAGCUUCGGGCUACCCCUCAGGUCUCCAGCAUCCCUGCUGCUGAAGAGGAUGUCACUGAAAUUGCUACUGCACCAGGGGCUCCCACCCGCACACCCCGCAUGACGCCCAAUGACCUUCGAAACCUUGACGAGCUGGUAAGGGAGAUCCUGGGCAGGUGCACCUGCCCAGACCAGUUUCCCAUGAUCAAGGUCUCCGAGGGGAAGUACCGAGUGGGAGACUCCAGCUUGCUCAUCUUUGUGAGGGUGCUGAGGAGCCAUGUGAUGGUGCGAGUGGGUGGCGGCUGGGACACACUGGAGCACUACCUAGACAAGCAUGACCCUUGCCGCUGCUCUUCCACUACCCACCGUCUGCCCCAGCAGAGGGCCGGGACUUUCUCCCCGCAGAGGGGAUCACCCACCCCCAGCCCCCGCCCCGGUAGCCCAGUCCCUGGGAGUGAGCGCCGCAGCUCCCGGCCUGAAGUAACCCCCAUCAGCCUGCGAAGCACAAAGGAGGGGCCUGAGACCCCACUCAGGCCCCGCGAUCAGCUGCCCCCCCUUCCCCGCUCCCGCCGCUACUCCGGGGACAGUGACUCCUCAGCCUCCUCAGCCCAGAGUGGCCCCAUGGGUUCCCGCAGCGACGAUUCAGCCACUGGCUCCCGGAGGGAGCGGCCCAGCCACCGGCCGACCUCCGGUCUUCCGGCCUCCCCGAGACGGCCGGCCGCCCCUCGCAGCCAGUCUCGAGACCGGCUGGAUCGGGGACGGCCCCACAUGGCCCCAGGAGGCCGAGGCGCUCAGCUGCCGGCCUCCAGCCCAGCACGGCGCACCCGCAGCCAGAGCCGCGACGAACAGGCGGUGCUGGUGGUGCGCAGGGACCGAGACGGCCAGCACUCGUGGGUGGCCCGGGGCAAGGGUGGUGGGGGACCAGGGGGUUCUGGAAGGAGUACCCCUCAGACUCCGCGUGCUCGCAGUCCUGCAGCACCCCGGCCUUCCAGGGGCCCCAGCCCAGGCCCAGAGCUGGCUGCCACACCCGCCAGCAUCUUCCGCACACCCCUGCAGCUUGACCCACAGCAGGAGCAGCAACUGUUCAGGCGCCUGGAAGAGGAAUUCUUGGCCAAUGCCCGCGCCUUGGAGGCUGCUGCCAGCCAUACCCCCAUGGGAUCUGCUCCUGAUCCUCCAGCUCCGGACUCCGCUUACUGCUCAUCCAGUUCCUCAUCUUCAUCACUCAGUGUCCUGGGUGGCAAAUGUGGCCAACCCGGGGAGUCUGGCCGCACAGCCAAUGGGCUGCCUGGGCCCCGCAGCCAAGCUCUGUCCAGCUCUUCCGAUGAGGGCAGCCCCUGCCUUGCUGUAGGAGGGCCACUGGAUACAGCCAGGAGCUCUUUGGCUGGCCCAGAACCCUCACUGACUUGGGCAAGGGGGCGGAUGGACACACAACCAGACCGUAAACCCUCACGCAUACCCACACCUCGGGGACCCCGCCGCCCAUCGGGACCUACAGACCUCGGGGCUUGGCAUGCCCUGCAUUCGGUCACCCCAAGGACCGAGCCAGAUUCCUCAAUGUGAUGGACCGGCUCAGCUGCACCCACACCCCAUUCCAUUUUCUUUGUGGCCUUAACCCACCCUUUGCAUCAGGGACCCCCCUUCCAUCUCUUGAGCACCAGACCUCAUGGGACCAGACCCCACGGGACCACAUGGCACAAUGGGACACCUGUUGUACAUUCCGGUUUGGGGGAUAAGCAUUGCUAUUUAAUUACUAAUAUUAUUGAAUGCCUUAGAGGAGACCGGGCCAGCCCGGUGUCCAGAGGACCUGUGGUCCAGUAAGCAGAACCUCUUGACAGUAAAGUAUUGCUCCAGCUCCUGGUUUUGGGGGACCGAGCCUUCAUUAUAUGUUGGGAUUCUAGAGUUAACUGCCUAGAGGCCAGGCCUCAAUGCUCUGACCUGCCUACUCCAGAACAAGAAACCCUUAAAUUGUGCACUUAC